AUGGCUGAGGAAAAGCAAGGACUAGGGACUAACCCUCGUCAGGAGCAACCCAGUGUGCCCUUGCCAAGGAACUACAACCAGGUUUUGGGGACUAACAAUCCUGGAAAGAGAAGUUGGCCUGAAUUGGUUGGUUUGAGUGCUGAAGAAGCAGAGAGAAAGAUAAAGGAAGAGAUGAGUGGGGUUCAGAUUCAAGUGGUGCCUCCUGACACUUUUGUCACUGCAGAUUAUAAUCCUCAGCGUGUUCGAUUGUAUGUGGAUGAAUCUAACAAAAUCACAAGAACUCCAGCAAUUGCAUAA